AUGUGUGAUACCUUUAAACUCUCCCAGCUUUCUCGGGUUGAGAUGAAACCGUGCGUGGAGAAGCCGACUGCGGAGCGAGAACUCGUGACGUAUUUUGAAGGCAAGACGCAACACUGGGCGUGCGACGACGCGGCAGAGCUGAGCAACUUCGUCGGAUGUCUCGCGUCGUCGUCGAAAGAGACGCUUCGAAAAUCCUUAACCGUUGUCGGAGAAGACACUUCAGUCAUCGAGGAGUGGGCCUCGGCAUAUAAAGCCAAGUCUAUCAACAGCGGAGGUGGGGCAAAGUUUUCACUAAUCGACGAAACUGAUGGAAAAAAAGAGGAAGAAAAUUCGCCGAAAUCAAGGAUCGGUGAAGAAGAUCUGGAAGAGGAAGACUUGCGGAAAUACCUCGAAACUCACAGAAUCGAAAUGGGAGACCACGCGAAAGCCUUUGAAACCAGGGUUCGAGACGAAUUUUCAAACCUAGAUCAUGCGACGGUUUGGGACUUAAUGGAACGGUCAAAACAAGCUGGCCCGAUCAAAGAGGAACUAGACGCGGUCGAAAGGAACCUCGAAGACGUCGAAGCGUGGUUGGACACGUUCAGUGUGAAACUCCUGAGCAUGAAAGAAGACGCUCGCGUGAUAGAGGACUUGCUGAGCCUGAAAGACGAGGAAAAGGGCCCGCGUAAAAACGAAGUCUUGACGAAAGUUAUGACGGAGCUGAUAGAGAAGAUAACAGUCCCGGAAGGGCUCGAAGAAAAAAUUCAUAACUCCGCGUUUGAAACAGACGACGACAUAGCGGACGUGGUAAAAGCCAUCGACGAAGUCUGUGCGUUCAGGAAACGUUUCGAGGAAGACGAAAUGAAAAUAUAUCGCAGGAUACGUUCCGUCGCCGUUCAAGAAGCGAAAUGCAUGAACCUGUGCGACGAGCUUAUCGGGAAAUCAACUUAUCACUUGAAAUCGCUUCUCGAAGGAGCGGUCGAGCGCGAGCUCGACUUGGGAAUCAAGAGCGAUGCGAAAGGAAUGCCUUGUGCUCCAACCUGGGAACGCAUUCACGUUCUCGUGAAUCAAAAUGGAAAUUUAAUGCGCGCUAUGCAUCGUCUACACGGUAAAAGUACAGGGUAA